AAACCAAACCUAGAACAACCAUGGAAGAAAAAUCUUUUUGAAAGAGUGGAGGCAAGAGCCCAGGCAAUGCAGCAGAAAAUAAUAGAUAAGGAUAAUAAAAAGAAGGAACUACAAAAAAAGGCUGAAAAAAAGCUACCUAGAGAUGAAUUGGCCACAGAGUGGUUUAAUAUUGAUAACAUGACCCUGGAUACUCGUGCAUAUUUGCUUGACAAACUUCUACCCACUUUAGUUCCUGGAGUAGAAAAAAUGUUAAUGCAAGUAGAAAAGAAGACUCUUCUGGAGAAAGCUGACAUUCCAACAAAGUUUGAUCCAAUUAAUUAUUUAGGGGAAUACUUAAUGAGAAACAAUCCUUAUUAUAUCAAGGACUUAGGAAUGUCUGGAUAUCAGAGGGUGAUGAAAGAUGUCACAGAACAACUGAAGAUACAUGUUCCCAACACUAUCAGCAACAGAGUAUCCAAGAUGAAGGAAAAUGUCAAACAGAAACGAGAACAAAGACAAAGCAUCCAGGAAGUCAAAGUCAAGUUGACUAACACACGGAAGGAGGCCCUUCAGGAACAAUUCAAUGAAUGGAUACUAGACCCCAAAGAAAUGAUUCCUAUGCUCGUGAUUCAAAAUGCUCUUCAUGAAUUUUUUCAAAGUCCAGACUUCCAACUUGAACAACACUGCAAACAAUUGAAUAUUGCUGACUCACUGGAACCAAGAUUGAACAAAAUGGAAUUUGCAGAAUAUAUCUCUUUGCAUAUUGAAGACUUUAAAAAUGAAAUGUUUGAGGAACUACUUAAGCACCUUUGUCACUGUGCAGAUGAAUUCAGGGAGGUUAUAAAAACUGACAUGCAGAGGAAGAUGUUUGCUGAACUCUUCCUAUACUGUGACAGUGGGAAGGUAGGGUUUUUGGAUCGGCAGAGGACAUUGCACUUGCUGGAAACAUUCUAUGACCAAAGUUCAAGAAUGCUUAGAAGUUUACUCCGAAACCCAAGACAAUGGCCAUUCAUUGAAUUUGAAGAGAUAGACUUGCCUGAGUUCUGGGGAGACAUGGAUAAUCAGAAGCACAUUUAUGAAGACUUUGACAAAGCACUCUUAGAGAUGAAUACAUUACUUGCUAAAAAUUAUGCUAGCGAAACCCAAAGGAAAUUGUUAGAAAUUCCAGAACAUAAACAUAGGAAACCAACAUUACCACAACACUUAUCAGAACAGCAAAGAGGGAUAAUUGGAGAAGAAGAACCAAACAUAAUUUCAACGAAAGAACAAAAACAAGGCAGAAAGUCAUCUAAAAAACAAGAACAGUACAGAAAAUCACUGAUAGAACAAGAAGCACGCACAGGAUCAACUCAAGAGCAAGGAUCAAGUAGAGAGUCAAUUAUUGAACAAGGGCCACCACAAAAAGAGUCAACUUCAAGACAAGGAAUCCAGAUCGAGUCAACUACAGAUCAAGAACUUUACAGAGAAUCAAAACCAGUGCUAUUGCAACCUGAAAGGUCAACAGGACAAGGAUCACAGAGAGGGUCAAUUGCAGAACAAGGAACAAACAGAGAGUCAGUAAUAGAACAAGGACCACACAGAGAGUCAAUUGCAGAACAAAUAUCAAUUCCAGAAAAGCAACAGGACUUAGACUCAUCUACACAAUCAGGAAUAGAUAAUAUCUUAAGAGAAAGUAAAGAAAGGGAGGUUACCCCCUUUGAGUACCCUGUAGUCCCUACACAGGAAGAGGGAACUCGGGGGCAAACUUACGAAACGGAGCCAUUUGUGAAUUCUGAACUGCAAGACAAAGUUUCAACAUAUAGUGAGAAGUAUUACCUUUCAGAAACUGCCAAGAAGGAAGCCCAUGAAGAUAAAUCCUGUGAACCCAAAUCCCAAAAAAUAGAAGGAAAAACAUGGUCAGGUGAACUUUCGACUUGUGACUGGAGAAUGAAGUAUGAAGAGAGUGAAGAUGAGGAACAGGCAAAUUCAAUCUAUAAUAAUGCCAGGUUCUCAGAUUUACACUCAUUUAUCAGAAAUAUUCAGUCUUACAAAGAAGUAAGAGGUAGGAGUGCCUUCAAUGGAGUCUCUUUCAAUCUGCUUCAAUUUGUGCAACUCCUGGAGACAUUUGUUGGUGAAGAUGCCCCCCUGAGUGUCAGUGAGACUCUCACAUCCUUUUUUAAGAGGUGCUAUGUUGAAACAAAAGAAGAGAGAAUGAGUCACUUAGAACAGGCUAGACAAAAGACUUCCCGAGUCCGACGGGAACUUCUCCUAGAAUCCCUCUUUCAGAAGUGGGACACUGAUGGCUCAGGCUUUCUGAAUCUGAAGGAAGUUGAUGAACUCUUAUAUACAUAUAAAGAGGGAAUGGAAAAAGAAUCUAUGAAAAAAGCUAAACUACAUAUCCAAUUUCCAAAGCCACUUCCUGGUCAAGAAGUAAAACUAUCUGCAAGGCAGUUUCAGAAAUACAUAGAAUUGGUUGUAUCUGAACUCAGGGGCAAUGAAGACAUUGUUCUGGAAAACAUUGUAGAAUUUCUUAUGUACAGUUUAGAAAGAACCCAUAUUGAGCAUCUAAGAAACUGUGCCAGACGAAAGUGGUUAUAUCAAAUCCAACAUGCUGCUGAGACAAGUGGGGUGUCCCUGGAACCAGUGUACAAUGAGACCUUUAAGGCCCUCACCCAGGAUGCUGAAGCCCAUGGAAAUAAGAAGAUCAGUGCUCACAUUGCCCUCCUGGAAGAAAACCAACUAUUGCCUGAUAGAGGAAAUGUUCUAUUGAGAAAUGUAGCUUGUACUUUAGAUGAUGCUCCAUUUGUACUAAACAGAGUGCUCUACAGGGACAUGAAGGGAAUCAGCUUUACAGUAGUGGAUGAAGGGAAACCAGUACAUGUUCCCCAGGUUCAGCACCAUGGGAACAUCUUUUUCUGGAACCAUUCCCGCAAGAAGGAUGAUUAUAAUGGAUCAUUACUGGCUCUUCCUCUUCAGGAUGCAUAUAUGAGGAUCUUUGGGGUCUUAGCUGUGGACACUCUUAGAGAUCCACGGAAAAUAAAUAUCUUUCUACCUCAUGAGAUUAGAUUCUACCAGGGUGUUGCCAAUGUCUUUAGUACAGCCUAUCACUAUGUCCAUAGUCGGGAGCACAUACUACAUGUGGUGAUCACUGGCAUUGGCUGGCUCUAUAACGUCACAUUCUGUAUCCAUGGCAUUACCACAUACUUCAUUGAGCCUGAUCCAGAACAGGGCUCAAACUAUGUCCUCCGCAAAAUGAUGGUUACAGGGCAGAAGGGUCUAACAGAAAUCCACAAGACUCCCCCUACCAUCUUCAGGAAGACAUGCAUCUUCAAAGAUUACCUUUUUAAGUGCACAGACUCUUCACAAGUUGUUUUGUCCUCUGUCCAUGGACAAACUCACAUGGUAAUCCCACUUCGUGAAAGAACAGGAGAAGCGUUGGGAGUUCUUGAUUUUAACUUUGGCAAGAAUAAGAUGUUGUUGUAUCAAGAAUUUAAAGAUCUUCAGAAAAUGAUGAAAGCUACUCAAGCUGCAUGCUAUGAAAUACUAGGCGAAUUAUCUGGAGAAAUAAAGAAAAACUGUAUUUUAGAGAUUGAACAUGUAGGAGAAGUCCAGCGGGCAGGAGUUCUCUUCUUCCGAAUCAUGUUACAAGAGCUGAAGUUAAACUUCCAACAGUUUAACUCCAUGGACUUUGUAUCAUUAGUGCUCUAUGAAUAUAAAUCUCCAGCUAAUCUAAAAAUUGAGCCCCAAGAGUUGGAAGCCCACAAAAAACUAACACAUGACAUCCUCAAAGCGGUUAUCUUGUUCUUUUAUCCAGAGGUGGAAUUAUCAAAUGAACCUGGAAAUUGGGAUAUGUGUAAAUUGUUGGUUAACACAUGCUUAGUGGAGAAAAUUUGUGAUUUUGACCCAACUACAGAGCAUGUGAAAAUUAAUUUUCAGCUCAUUGAUGAAUAUAUUAAAGAUCAUUCUCGAAUUGAAGUAUGGAAAUCUGGUAAUGUUGUUAUAGAAUACCUGUACCACUGGAUACACAUCUGUUUAGCUCUAGUAAAGCUAAGUAAAAAGCUAAAUUGUGCUAUUAUACCUCCAUUACCUUCCAAGACCGAUUCUUAUAUGUAUGCAAAAAUGCCAGGAGCUCGUUAG